AUGAACCGGCAAACGUACAGCUUGAGAGCGGGAGGUGGAGGCAGGUCUUACAGCACUGCCUCGGCCGUUCUUCCAAGUAGCAACAGGGCUGGCUUCAGCUCCGUGUCCGUGGCACGAUCUGGAGGAGGUGGAGGUGGCUUUGGAAGGCUCAUGGGAGGAGGAGGUGGUGCUCUUGGCAGUGGUUUUGGCAGCAGGAGCCUCUACAACCUUGGUGGUAGCAAGAGGAUAUCCAUCGGUGUUGGAAGCAGCUUCCGAGCUGCUUUUGGGAGUGGAGCUGGUGGUGGUGGCUCUGGCCUGGGAGGUGGCGGUGGUGGUGGUGGCUGUGGACUUGGUGGUGGCGGAGCUGGUGGUGGUCUUGGGCUUGGUCUUGGCAGUGGGUAUGGCUUUGGUGGAGGUGCUGGUGGGCUUGGCUUUGCUGGUGGACCAGGAGGUGGUGGAGGGUAUGGCUUUGGUGGAGUAGGGGGGCCAGGAGGAUUCAGUGGAGGGCUGGGUGGUGGCAGGAGCUCAGUGGCAUUUGUUGGUGGCCCACCUGGAGUUGGCACAAUCCAAGAAGUGACUGUCAACCAGAGCCUCCUGGCACCACUGAAUCUGGAGAUAGAUCCAAACAUCCACCAGGUGCGAAAAGACGAGAAGGAGCAAAUCAAGACCCUCAACAACAAGUUUGCUUCGUUCAUCGACAAGGUUCGCUUCCUGGAGCAGCAGAACAAGGUGCUUGAGACAAAAUGGACCCUCCUGCAGGACCAGGGUCAAAAAACCAACUCAGGCAAAAGCAACCUGGACCCCCUCUUUGAGGCUUACAUCAACAACCUGAAGCGGCAGCUGGCCAACCUGCUCAACGAGAGAGGACGCAUGGACGGAGAGCUGAAGAACAUGCAAGACCUCGUUGAGGAUUUCAAGAACAAGUAUGAGGAGGAAAUCAACCGACGCACGGCAGCGGAGAAUGAAUUUGUGGUGCUGAAGAAGGACGUGGAUGCUGCUUACAUGAACAAGGUGGAGCUGGAGGCCAAGGUGGAUGCCCUGACUGAUGAACUCAGCUUCCUCCGAGCCCUCUACGAUGCGGAGCUGGCUCAGCUCAGUGCACAAGUGUCCGACACUGCUGUCAUUCUGUCCAUGGACAAUAACCGGGACCUGGACCUCAGCAGCAUCAUAGCUGAGGUCAAAGCUCAGUACGAGGACAUCGCCAACAGGAGCCGGGCUGAGGCUGAGGCCUGGUACCAAACCAAGUUCGAGGAGCUGCAGGCCACAGCUGGGAAGCAUGGGGACGACCUGCGCAACACAAAGGGGGAAAUCUCGGAGCUCAACCGGCUGAUCCAGAGGAUCCGGGCAGAGAUAGAGAACACAAGGAACCAGUGUGCCACCCUGCAGACAGCCAUCGGAGAUGCCGAGGAGCGUGGAGAGCUGGCCCUCAAGGAUGCCAAGGCAAAGAUGAUUGACUUGGAAGACGCCCUGCAGAAAGCCAAAGCUGACAUGGCCCGUCAGCUCCGCGAGUACCAGGAGCUGAUGAACGUCAAGCUGGCCCUGGACAUCGAGAUUGCGACCUACAGGAAGCUGCUGGAGGGCGAGGAGAGCAGGCUGAGCGGAGAGGGACUCAACCCCAUCAGCUACUCUGUCAUCAGCUCCAGCUCUGGGGUGGCCGGUGGAGCUGGGUUAGGAGGAGGAUUUGGUGGACUGAGCCUCAGCGGAGGAGGCGGCGGAGGUGGUUUUGGUCUUGGAGGUGGCGGUGGAAGCGGUUUUGGUCUUGGAGGAGGUGGUGGAAGCGGUUUUGGUCUUGGAGGAGGCGGCGGAGGUGGAGGCUACAGCUUUGGAAGCGGAGGACUUGGACUUGGUGGUGGCCUUGGAGGUGGAUUUGGAGGUGGCAGCGGGCUCAGCAUUGCAAGUGGUCCUGGCUACGGAGUGGGUGGCAGCAGCAGCCUGAGCACCAGUGGAGGGAAUUUCAGCUCUGGAAGUGCAAAAGGCACCAACCCAGGUGUGAAAAUCGUCUCCAAAACCUCCUCCAGCAAAAAGAGUAUCAAAAGCCAAAGCCUGAAGAACGCUACACAGCCCGAGUAA